UAACAAUGUAUAAUUCAAGAUCUUUAUGUAAAAUUUAACAUCUAUCUUUACUAGACUAAUAAGUGUCUCCAAGCAGCGGAAGAAUUUAAAAAAUAUCAGAAAAAUUAUCAACCAUAUAAAUAGGAGUUGAAAACGAGAGAUUCUAAAAACUUGAAUAAGCUGAAUAAAGAAUCCAAUAAGCUGAAGAUGCAUUUAAUGAAUUUUAAGAAUAAAUCUUUACUAAACUUAAUGGUCUUAGAGAUCAAGUAUUAUUUUAUCUUAUGUAUUAGUUAGGGAAAUUACAAAAAUAAGUUGAAGAAGAUAAAUUAGCUAAAGAAUAAGCUAAUGAAACUAAAAAUAGGGAAGUGUUAGCUUUAGAAAAGAAAUUUGAAAAUGCAAUUGAAAAUGAAACUCAAACAAGAAAAGAAGGAGAAUCUAAAGUGCUACGUCUGUUAGAGGAUAAAACUGCAUUAUUAAGAACUGAAGUUUAGAAAGAAACAGCAAGCAGAGUUGAUGCUAUAGAAGGAAUUCAUCAAGGAUUGUAAAAUGAUUUACCAAAAAUUUAAGAAGCCAUCAGAAAUGAAUCAAAUGAAAGAGAUGAAUCUGAUUAAAAUGUAUAGAUUUAGCCAUCUAUUAUUAGGUUAUGAAAUCAAUCACUGAUGAACUUGUUAAAUUAAGUAAUUUAAUAAAUGUAGAGAAAAGAAAUAGAGAUGAAAGUGAAUAGUCUAUAUUUGAAAUGUUGAAAGAUAUCGUUAAUAGAGUAAAAGUAGAAUUGGAUUAAGAAAAGAAAACAAGGUAACUUAUUGUUCCUAAAUUACAAUUAGGGAAUAGUCAGAAGAACAUCUCUUAAGUCUAUUAGAAGAUACAUGCAAUAAAUUAAGUAUUGCAGCAAAUCUAUGAUCAAUU